UCGCUCGAACCCCGGUCAAAAGUAUACCGAAUCCAUCGCCGUCCACUAAGUACUAUGGCCACAAGUGAGACGCGACCGUUGCUAGACCCAGAAGAUCGCCAGAACUAUCUCCAACUCUCUGCCUCCACAGACCUGACCGAUGGGUUCCCCGAUAGCCUUCCGGGGGCGAGCCAUGGGAAAAGCCUCAGCUGGGCCAGCGCAUACAUCCUCGUGGUGUCCCGCGUAAUCGGGAGCGGCAUCUUCGCCACCCCCGGGUCCAUCGUCAAGUCCACCGGAAGCGUUGGCCUCACGUUAUUAGUCUGGUUUGUGGGAACCGUUCUAGCAGCCUGCGGUUUAUCCGUGUCGAUGGAGUAUGGGUGCAUGCUGCCUCGCUCGGGUGGGGACAAGGUGUACCUGGAGUAUACUUAUCCGCGACCGAAAUUUCUUGCGUCCACUUUGAUUGCAGUACAGGCAGUCGUACUAGGCUUCACGGCUAGCAACUGCAUUAUCUUCGCCAAGUAUACGCUUUUCGCAUUCAGAGUUGAGCCGACCGAUCUUCAUAACAAGCUGCUUGCUGCCGGUUUACUCACCCUGAUAACCAUUAUCCACGGAGUUUUUUUGCGGGCCGGAAUUGCGAUUCAGAACGCCCUCGGCUGGGUGAAAAUCUUCUUGAUCGGGGCUAUGUCACUGACGGGGAUGUGGGUGCUCCUGCUUCAAGUUUUCGGAAACUCUCACCAAGUUACACCCGGCACGGCUCCCCAUGCACUUUCUUCGUGGGGUGAUAUGUGGAAAGGCUCGAAUUGGAGCUGGAGUCUACUCUCCACAUCUCUGUUCAAGGUUUUCUAUUCCUACGCGGGCCUUAACAACAUCAACAAUGUGCUGAACGAAGUACAUAAUCCCGUUCAAACAAUCAAAACGGUGUGCCCGACGGCGCUUGUCACAGCAGGUGGUCUUUACUUGUUAGCCAAUCUGUCUUACCUCCUAGUCAUUCCCUUCGAAGAAAUCAAAGAGAGUGGGGAGCUUGUCGGAGCGCUACUCUUUGAGCGUCUUUUUGGCGACAACAUUGGAAGAAUUCUUUUCCCGCUUGCCAUUGCCAUCUCUGCUGCUGGCAACGUGAUGGUAGUAACAUAUGCACUUGCUCGAGUCAACCAAGAAAUAGCACGACAAGGGUUCUUACCAUGGCAGAAGCUUCUUUCGUCCUCUCGUCCAUGGGACACGCCUCUGGGAGGACUCAUUGUUCAUUACAUCCCAUCCAUGUUGGUCAUCACUCUGCCCCCGCAGCAAGAUGUCUAUAAUUUCAUUCUAGAUGUGGAGGCAUACCCCGGGCAAUUAUUUGCUCUAGCUGUCACGGUCGGUCUUUUGAUAGUACGAUACAAAGAGCCAAAUCGUCUUCGACCGUUUAAGGCAUGGCUUCCAGCUGUCUGGUUGCGUGUUAUAGUUUGUCUGGCACUGCUGGCAGCGCCUUUCGUCCCGCCUCCGAACUGGCAGGGUGAUGUUGACUUUUUCUAUGCAACAUAUGCGAUCGUGGGCAUUGCAGUAAUCGUAUUUGCUGUUCUCUAUUGGUAUAUGUGGACAGUACUAUUACCUCAGUGGGGAGGAUACAAGUUGGAAGAGUCUGCAGAAAUUUUGGACGAUGGAAUCAGCAUUACACGACUUGUACAACCGCACAUCUCUCGCCAUGGCCCCGCCUACGUAUACCGAAGAACAACUGGAAACGUACCUCCGGCGUAUUGGGUACCCCCCAAUCCAACACAGAACACUCUCAUCGAAGCUGCCCGUCAGAACAUUAAUAAAGAUGCACUUGCAGCUUUAUCUGAAAUACAGAAGAGACAUCUUGCGUCCAUCCCGUGGGGAAAUUCGGGGUUGCAUUACUCGCAGCACCACACUAUCUCCCUGAACCCAGACACAUUGUUCGAGAAGAUGGUUGAACGACGCCUCGAUGGUUACUGCAUGGAAAAUACCGGGCUCUUUUUCAUUGUGCUGCGAUCCUUGAGCUAUUUUAUCUAUGCCACUGGUGGCAGGGUCAGCCCGGCUGCGUCCACUGGGAAGGAUCCUGGAUUCUUUUCGCCAUUGGGACACAUGGUUCUUAUCGUGAUCAUUGACGGAGCCAAGUAUAUGGUCGAUGUUGGAUUUGGCAAUAAUUGCGCGACCGCACCAUUGCCUCUACAAGAUGGCGCUACGGCUACAUCGAUUGCGCCCUCGAAGAUGCGCCUCAUCAGGGAUACUAUUCCGGAGUAUACGGACAAGAGCCAGAAGCUCUGGAUUUACCAAACAAAAUACACCGCCGAAAGCGAGUGGCUGCCGAUGAUCUGCUUCUCAGACGUCGAGUUCUUGCCUCAAGACUUUGAAGUUAUGAACUUUGCCGUCAGUCAAAAGCGGACCAGUUGGUUUACGAAGAUCUUUGUGUGCAUGCGGAUGCUCCUGGACGAGGACGGGCAAGAGGUGAUUGGGCAGUUGAUCAUGGCUGAAAAGGAGCUGAAGAGACGAGUGCACGGCCAGACGGAGAUAUUGCAAGUCUUCAACAGCGAGGAAGAUCGCGUCGAGGCGCUUGCCAAAAAUUUUGACAUGCACCUCCGUAACAGCGAGGCCCAGGGGAUUCGAGGUUUAACCUCGGAGAUCAAAUAA